AUGCCGCCAAAGGUCGGCGUCGGCAUCGGCGUGCUCGUCAUCGACGGCGGGCGUCUGCUCCUCGGGCUCCGCCGCGGCUCGCACGGCUCCGGCACCUGGGCGCUGCCGGGCGGCUGGCUUGAGGAGGGCGAGGCCUUUGAGGCGUGCGCGCUGCGCGAGCUGGAGGAGGAGACCGGGCUCGGCGCGGCCCAGGUGUUCGCGUCCGGCGCGGCGGUGAUCCCGGUCGUCUCCAACAACGUCAUCGACGGCAAGGUGCACUCGGUGACGGUGUUUGUGCGAGUGCCGCUCGGCGCGGCGCCCGACAGCGCCGGCGGGGCCGCCGCCGAGCCUCGGGUGAUGGAGCCCGACAAGUGCGUGGAGUGGCGGUGGUGCGACCUGGCGCAGCCCCUCCCGGCGCCGCUCUUCCCGCCGCUCGCCUUCCUCGCCGACUCCGCCUACUGGAGAGACACCGUUCUGCCGACGGCGCUGCCCGCGGGUCGGGUGGCCUCGACGACCCCUGGCGCGGCGCCCUCCGGCGUCGGCGGCGCCUCGACCGACGACCCGCGCGACACGGUGCUGCUCACGCCGCUGCCCCUCCCGUGCGGCUCCCUCGUCCCGCGCGUCGUCUGCCCGACCGCCGGCGCCGUCGCGACCUUCACUGGCACUACGCGAGAGACGUUCGAGGGGAGGGCGGUGGUGAGGCUCGAGUACGAGGCGUACGAGGCGAUGGCGCGCAAGGAGAUGCUCGCCCUCUGCGCCGCGGUGCGCGCGCGCUGGCCCGUCCGCCACAUCGCGAUCGCCCACCGCACCGGCACCGUCCCCGUCACCGAGGCGUCGGUCGAGAUUGCAAUCUCGUCGGCGCAUCGCGCGGAGGCGCUGGCGGCGUGCGCCUUCGCCAUCGACGAGCUCAAGGCGCAGGUGCCCAUCUGGAAGAAGGAGGUGUACGAGGACGAGCAGGCCGUCUGGAAGGCCAACCGAGAGGCGGCGCACGCGGCCGUCAAGGCGGGCAACACCAUCCUGCACUACGGCGGCCGCGAGCCCAUCAUCUGCAAGCAGGCCGGGGUGCCCUGCGUCGACGUGCUGCACAUCCUCCGCUACGCCUUUGGCGCUGAGGGCAACGGCUCCUACCGCAACACCAAGGUCAAGUGGAGUUGGGCCGCGCCCUUCAUCUCGUGGCUCUUCGGGCGGCACUACACGCACGACGCGCCCGGCGACUGCGAGAACGUCGGCCGCUUUCUCUUCGCCCUGCUGGCGGGCCUCGUGCGGCACCAUGGCGUGUAG